AUGUCGCGAAGAGCCAUGAGCCAGAUUACAUCCCUCCCCGGAGAUUUUAUCGGAGCUACUGGGAGCCGUUAUACUUUCAAGGAAUUGCUUCAACAAAGACCACAUCUUGGCCGUGUCUGGUCAGCAACAUCAGGGCGGGAUCAAUUCGUUCUGAAAGAUAUACCUGAAGCUAUCUUCUCCAACUUCAAUAAGGAGAUAAACCAUCGAUUGCCGCAAAGUCCCUACAUCAGAUUACCAUGCGACCAUAUCCCAGGUCAACGAAUACUCGUGUAUCAGUAUCUGAUGGAUGAUUUUCUAAAACUUGUCCAGAAGAAAAUACCAGCCAGAUCCAGAAAAAAGAUUAUUAAAGAUAGUCUACGAGGGAUUGCUGAACUGCAUGAUCGAGACAUCGUCCAUCUUGGUAGUUCCCCCUCCCUCCCCCAAAGCCAUUUAUAUAUUAAGCCAGAUAAUAUAAUGGCUGACCUGCGAUACGAUGACAAGCAUACUAUCGUUGAAAAAGUUCAGAUUACGGACCUGGAGAAUGCCGCCUAUCUUCCUCCAGGGAGGUGCAUUCGAGGCAUGCUAGCCGGCAAUGACAACUGGCGUAGCCCCGAGGCGCACUUCAAGGAGAAACUCAACAAACCGACUGAUAUAUUCUCAUUUGGGAUCACAUGUAUCUAUGCUAUGCUCGGUCGCGUCAUCUUCGGCCCCGACGAAGAUUUCCAGAAGCACCAGGCCCAGGGAGUACUUCCUACUUUGAUUCGCCUCCAGCGACAAGUUUCAUAUUUCGGAGAUCAGGAAGGUAUCGAUGGACUCCUAGAACACAUCGGUGAUGAUGAGACUAGCUGCGAAGUACUGCAGAUGCUGUGGGAAGAGAGGCUCGACGAAAAUAUUCCAUACAAACCAUUUUCUGAAUGGCCAGAAGUUAACGAUGCGGAGUUCAAGGAUUUCAUUAAGGGUCUGACAAGUCUGGCUCCGGGCAGAAGAGUUACAGCGCAGCAGGCUCUGCAUCAUCCUUGGUUAGCUGGCUUAUGA